AUGUACCAUCCGUCGCUAUCGUCUGUUUCGCCAGCCGACGCAAACGACAAUUCCGAGCUUGUACAGCGCAUUUACGAGCUCGGUUCUGAUGCAGAAACGCACGUCGUAACAAAAUCAGCGGCAGCACCACGCAUUUAUGAUGGCAUGACAUCAUGCGACAAGCGCGACGUUGGCCGCAUCGAAUAUUGUCGAGACAUCAUUCUCACGGAUGACGAAGGGGAGGUACUUCUGCAGCGCUUUGGGCCAUCUUCCUUGGCUGAGGAACGGCGCAUGAUGAAGCAAGCGGGCAAAGGCAGACCGCUGCUGGAUGCCCUUCACAAGAAGUCAUGCGCUCAGCCGUCCGACUGGGCUUACAAGCCGGAAUGCCUCUGGGAUAAUGCAGAGUACGAGUUUGGUGCGGUCUACUUGGACGACGAGCCGUAUCUCAGCUGGCCCACCGUGCAAAGGUACAAGGAUAGAGACGAGCGGUCCAACAAGGCUGGCCGGAAGGCGGUGGCUGAUUUCUGCGUAUGGUUUUCGGACUAUGCACAGGAGUUUGUAUCACCGCUUGUCUCUGAGAAAUGCUUUCGAUUCCCAUCGCAGAUGGUUGAGCGCAAGGCGUCGCACUUUCCGUGGACCACUGCGCAGGUGCCAGGCCUCGACGACAUUUGCGCCUCGCUGUACUCGACCUUCACCGCAUCAAAAGGGUUUCCUCCCCGACCCAGGAAGCGCGAAGGGGCAAAAGGCAAGGGCAAGGCCAAGGCAAGGGCAAUGUCGAAUAGGAACGAGCAGGAGGAAGAGGACGAUGUCCUUGCCUCGCCCUCAAUCUUGAUCAAUUUUGGUCAGCACGCUCUGCUGAAGCUGACCGAGUACAACUGCAGCAUCGCAUUGCAGCCGCUCGACAUUGUCGUCUUCUCGUUCUCGUCGUACUACACCAAGCUCGAAGCGGUACAACACCCUCUGCAGACGACCAACCCUGAAGGGCGGUGGUCAGUGCUCGCCUACUUCCUGCGCGCUUUCCAGCAGCGCCUACUUCCGGACGAUGACAUCCUGGCCAUGAUCAAGGAGGCAAGGAAACGACAAGGUCAGUCGAGCGGCGUUAGGCCUCGCAUCAAGCUGGAAGAGGACGACGAGGAUCAAGCAAUGGGCACCAUCGACGCCGACAGCGCACAAGAUUCGAGUAUCCAACAAGACGACGCCGACACCGACGCCGAGGAGGAUGAGCUCGGUGAUCAUCGGGACUGCGGCGACGAAGACAUCGUCCACCUCGGGACUCGACGCAGCAAGCGCAAGCGCACUUCUCGACGAUGA